AAAAACUACAGAAGUAAAGAAAAAGAAACAGAGCGAAAAUAACAAAAGUACAAAUAAAUGCGUUUUAAAAAAAUCUAAAUCUCGAAAGUACCCCUGAUCCAGUGAUCCCUUCAAAAUCCUAAAAUUUAAUUUCUGAGCAGCCUCAAUUUCUACGUGUGGAUGGAGCUGAAGAAGCACCAAGAUCAGAGGCUCCCUGAGAGGAAGGGGCAAAAAAGGAAACUUGAAGGGGAAAUCGAGGAGGAGCAGAGAGAGAUCUCGGCGGUAGAGGAGGCCGCUGCAGCUCCCUACGGCGAGGCACGGAAAGUGAUAUUGAACGAGGUUUAUGCUCAGGUUAAUAUCCUCAACUCUACCUUCUCAUGGGACGAAGCUCAUCGCGCCACCGCCAAACGCGCUACUCACGUCCUCGCAGAACUCGCAAAAAACGAGGAAGUAGUGAACUUGAUUGUUGAAGGAGGUGCAGUUCCUGCACUGGUUAAGCAUCUUCAAGUACCACCGUCAAGUGAAAUUGAUCAUGAUAAUUCGAAGCCGUUUGAGCAUGAAGUCGAGAAAGGAAGUGCUUUUGCGCUUGGGCUGCUUGCAGUCAAGCCAGAGCAUCAGCAACUCAUUGUUGACGCUGGGGCUUUGUCACAUCUUGUGAGCUUGUUGAAGAGGCAAAGGGAUGUUGACAAGGAUGGUUCUGAUUCUCGAGCUGUGAAUAGUGUUAUUAGGAGGGCUGCUGAUGCUAUCACCAAUCUUGCUCAUGAGAACAGCAGCAUUAAAACCCGUGUUAGGAUGGAAGGUGGGAUUCCUCCUCUGGUUGAGUUGCUUGAAUUCACUGACACAAAGGUGCAAAGAGCAGCUGCUGGGGCACUUCGAACCCUGGCUUUUAAGAAUGAUGAGAACAAGAAUCAGAUUGUUGAAUGCAACGCCCUUCCCGCCCUUAUAUUAAUGUUACGAUCUGAUGCUGCUGCCAUACACUAUGAAGCAGUAGGUGUGAUUGGAAAUCUGGUUCAUUCAUCCCCAAGCAUAAAAAGAGAAGUUCUUGCUGCUGGGGCUCUCCAACCUGUUAUUGGUUUACUUAGCUCCUGCUGCUCUGAGAGCCAAAGGGAGGCUGCUUUAUUACUUGGACAAUUUGCAGCAACAGAUUCAGAUUGCAAGGUGCACAUUGUACAAAGGGGUGCUGUUCAACCUUUGAUCGAGAUGCUCCAGUCUCCCGAUGUCCAACUGAAAGAAAUGUCAGCAUUUGCAUUGGGGAGGUUGGCACAGGUUAAAAAAAUUACUCAAUUUCAGGACACGCACAACCAAGCUGGUAUAGCCCACAAUGGUGGUCUAGUACCAUUACUGAAGCUUCUGGAUUCAAGGAAUGGAUCUCUUCAACAUAAUGCUGCAUUUUCUCUGUAUGGCCUUGCAGAUAAUGAGGACAAUGUCUCUGAUUUUAUCAGUGUGGGAGGUGUUCAGAAGCUGCAGGAUGGAGAGUUUACUGUUCAGGCAACAAAAGAUUGUGUAGCCAAGACUUUGAAAAGACUGGAGGAGAAGAUUCAUGGAAGAGUUUUAAACCACUUAUUGUAUCUCAUGCGUGUAGCGGAGAAGGCUGUCCAACGACGUGUUGCUCUAGCUCUUGCACAUCUUUGUUCCCCGGAUGACCAGAGAGCAAUAUUCAUUAAUAAUUGUGGAUUGGAUUUACUCCUUGGGCUUCUUGGCUCUUCAAGCCCGAAGCAACAACUUGAUGGAGCCAUAGCUCUUUACAGGUUGGCCAACAAAGCAACGACUCUUUCUCCUGUGGAUGCGGCUCCUCCUUCUCCAACACCCCAGGUGUAUUUAGGAGAGCAGUAUGUAAACAAUGCUACAUUGUCGGACGUCACCUUUCUUGUCGAAGGUAGACGAUUCUAUGCCCACAGAAUUUGCCUGCUUGCUUCCUCAGAUGCAUUUCGGGCAAUGUUUGAUGGUGGUUACCGGGAAAAGGAUGCAAGGGACAUUGAAAUUCCAAAUAUCAGAUGGGAGGUUUUUGAGUUGAUGAUGAGAUUCAUAUACACAGGUGCAGUAGAUGUUACAUUAGGUAUCGCACAGGAUCUCCUCAGGGCUGCUGACCAAUAUCUCUUGGAGGGGCUUAAGCGACUAUGCGAGUAUACCAUAGCACAGGAUAUAACAUUGGAAAACAUUUCAAGCAUGUAUGAACUUUCGGAAGCUUUCCAUGCUAUUUCAUUGAGGCACAGAUGCAUUUUGUUUAUUUUGGAGCAGUUCGAUAAAUUGAGUGAUAAGCCCAGGCACUCUCAAUUAAUCCACCGUAUAAUACCUGAGAUUCGUGAUUACUUUGACAAAGCACUCACCAAACCUAACCAACAUAACUCUCGGCUCUAGGUGGGCUGGUUUUGAUUCUUCCUAUCUGACUAGAUAUUUUUGUACAGAAAGUGUUAGAUGUUCUCAUUGAUGCUGAGCCAUUGAAAUAUUCUAAUAGGUUGGUUAAUAGUAUGGCUCCUAAAUUCUUAAUCUUUCCUGUUGCCUGAGUUGCGUUGCAUGUUAGCACUCUGUAACUUUCCACAUUAGUUCCGCUGAGAUUGUUGAUGGAAACACGGGCCACCUCCAACAUGAUUGUGUUCAUGGAUUGCGAUGUUCUUGUAUUAUCUGAUUGGCAUUAGCGGGAGAUGCAUCUUUUUGUGCGCAAUAACAGAGUCGUUGCUUGAAGCAAAUUCUUGGCAAACUAAAAAGUAGGAAAAGAUUCCAGGUCUAGAAUCUCUUUCCUUGAAGGGCGUAGUCUCGGAAAGUGACUUUAAGGUGAACUACAUGGCUGAGGGUGGACUUGGAGGAGUGGGGCAAUGGGCCUCCCAAAUUAUUAAAAGAACUGUUUGUCACUUUUAGUUCUAGAGUUCAAAUUUACCCUCCGUAUUUAGACGUUUGUGCUCUAUAUUUCUUGAAACUCUCUGUGCCACGUUAUCUUUGAAUUCUAUCCCCCCGUGUACAUGGGUUAAUGUAAAACCAUUGUUUACCCUUUUCGGGUGCU